AUGGCGGGAAUAGAACCUAAUCCAGGUCUUUCCCCCGUUCUCCUCGAGAAAAUACCCAGAGGAAGAAUUAUUGUGUGGGGAAUUUUUGCUAUUGGAGGAGGAAUCUACUUAGAAGCUUUGAAACCUUCGAAAAUCUCAGAAUCACUUAAGGUAGAAUCAUACUCAGGAUAUUCCUUAAAAUCAGUUUAUGAAUUGAUAGAAAACAAUUUCUCUCAGUUAAGUCACGACAUUCAAGGCAUUAAGAAUGAAGUACAACAUAUGAAAGAGGAGAAUAAAAGUUAUCAGGAAGAAAUGCAGAAUUUAACUCAAGAAAUGAAAAAACCAGAUGCACUAGUUAAGCAUAAUGGCCAUCUAAAAGGAAAGCCCUGAGAUACAGCAAAUUCGGGCGCCCUUCUGGCGUAUUGGCGAAGAAAACAUUUGGUAAGAUAUACUCAUAUAACUAACGCUUUUAUAUUUCUGAUAAUAGAUAUUAAUCAGAUUGUGGGGAGAGGCACGAAUUGGCUUAAUAUUUGC